AUGACCGGAGGUGACUCAACCGCAAGUAAGGCGGCUGACACCUUCUUACAAAAACUGACGUCCGAACGCCGUGGCAAGCGCUGCAGUGAGACAGAUGACUUCCGAAGAAAGUUUUUUUUUUCUGAAAAUGAGAAGUUUCUUCUCGCGGAGCUGGUGCCGAAAUACCCAGUCAUCGAGAACCGAUGUACAAACAAGUCAUCGACAGAGGCAAGGGCGAAGGCGUGGGAGCUCCUCACGAUCGAAUAUAAUAGCAACCACGGGGUCCGAGCACGCGAUUCAAAACAGCUCAAGAAGUGCUGGGACAAUUUAAAAACAAAAUGGAAAAAGGAAGUAUCGUCCGACAACAGAGACCGCAUUGCAACAGGAGGAGGACCACCAGGAGCUGGCUUGAGCCAGCUUUCCGUACUUGUGGGGGCUGCAGCCCCACACAUGGCCAGGCGGCUGGUCAACGGCGGCGACAGCGACGGCAGGCAUGCCGGCCAAGCACUCUUUAGCGUGGCCGACAUCCUGGAGCCGAUGGUAGUGCAACGGGCUGAUGAGGAGCUCUCCUUGGAAGGCUUCUCAGAUUCUGCUAUGGGUGAGCCAGAGAGCCAAGUUUCUGUGGUGCCUAGUGGUGGAGCAGCCCCCAUGGCUCGAGUGCCCCUCACAGCUACGGUGCAGCUCACAGCUGCAGCUGGACCAUCUGCAGCAGCAAGUGAUCGCCAGGGAAGUCCCCACCGGGAGGCGCCUACUCGCGUUGGAGGGCGCUUUGGAGUGCUGGAGCGCACGCUAGGUGCUGAACAAGAUGUUCGGCUUGGUCAUCUCACGCGGGACCAAGAAAGGAAGGACGAAGAACACGACCUCCGCCUUACGAUCCUAAAAGCCGAGCACGAAAUGAGGCGGAGUGAGCAUAAGCUUAAAAUGAAGAAAAUUAGAAACGAAAAUAGGCUCGUCCUGCUCAGAAUUGCUGAGGCAAAGAAAUUAAACAGAUAGAGGCCACAAAUAGGAGCGUUGUGUGCAACAUUGCCUGGCUAAAAAAAUAAACAGUUAAAGGCC